GUCAGAAAUGUCACACAUGUCAAAAAUUGACCCCCGCUGUGCGUUUUCAUAAAUAUUUUGGAAAUGAUCGUUUUUACAUCAAACUGAUCGUUUUAAGUCAUUUUUUAGAUAUUUUUUGAGGCCCUAUUUUCAAUAAUGGCCCAAUCUAAUCAAGUGACGUUGAAUAUCGAAGAUGAGGCACCCACUGAGAGCCCACCGCGAAACAACGCAUUACACAGACUUGACUCAGUUUCCAGACCAGUGCUUCCUAAUAGAAAUAACUUAGGUUUCGGUGACCGUUUGAAUAAUGUUUUUAGAGAAAUCCGGCCGCUCGUUGAACAUGCUCGUAUGGGUAAUAAUGCCAGAUUAUCUUUGCCAACUUGGUUGCCGCGAACCACUCCUGGCACUCAUCAAGUAGGGGAGGGAAGCUUACAGCGGCCACAAAGCUCCAUAGCACAUGUGAACCUUGGGCCUGGGGCUCAAACCUAUGCUGUGACGGACCGCGGCACGACGCCUACGAACCGGGCCGCGUCAGCCAGCCACGGGGUCAGCAACAGCCCAUCAAAUGACUCAAACUUAUCUGAACAUGGCCCCGAUCACCCUGAGAUCAAUGUUUCUGUGAACCCUGCCAACAAUAACAACAUCCAUGACAAUGCUGAUAAUGACAGUCAAAGUGAAGAUGGCACACAACAGGUGGUGGAUGUCCGAGCAACAUUAAACCUGCUGAUACGCUAUGCCCCAUUCUACUUCUUGCUCUUCAUAAAGUUCAUGUAUGAUAGCAGGGAAGGUCUCUUCACUUUUAUCAUACUGUUUUGUACAUUUACACAUAGCAACAGUUUAGUUAGGAGAGAACAUGGAAAACAAAUGAACAGAAGCAUAGUAGCAUUAUUUAGUGAAUUAGCUUUCUCUGCCAGUUGUAUUGUCAUUGUUCACUUUCUGUUUGGGCACGGAAAGUUACUGCCCAAUAUGGUGAUGUUCCCUGCAUACACAGAUCCUAUUGAUGUAUGGGAACUGUUAUGGCUUGUAGUGCUUACAGAUUUAAUAGUUAAGAUCAUCACUGUGGACAUCAAAAUUUUGGUCACAAUGAUGCCUGCAUUUAUAUUGCCAUUCCAGAAAAGGGGUAAAGUGUAUUUAUUCACUGAAGCAGUAUCUCAACUGUACCGUUCCCUCCUGACCAUCCAGCCAUGGAUAUUUUACUUGAUGCAGUCCUAUGAAGGCUCUGAAAAGAUGGUGGGAAUGUUUCUUACAUCCAUCUAUGUAAUUGCCAAGAUUGUGGAGGUACUUGUGAGAUUGAGGCUGUUCAAAAAUGCCACAUGGACUUUAUUACAGAGUGUGAAUCUGGGGACGAAGCCGACUGGCGAGCAGCUAAUGUCAGCGGGAGACUCGUGUCCGAUCUGCCACGACGACUACACGACGCCGGUGCGCCUCGGCUGCAGCCACAUCUUCUGCGAGCUGUGCAUCUCGGCCUGGCUCGACCGCGAGCACACCUGCCCGCUGUGCCGCGCCAAGGUCGCCGAGGAACCCACCUGGAGGGACGGAUCCACCACGUACGACUUCCAACUGUAUUGAAGCUCUGGUAAUUUUGCUGUUACGCUCCGCACUGCGCGUUUAAUCCAUCUUUGUUGGAUAGUGAGUAUGUAUUAAAAGUUCUACCUACCAUCAGUACUAUCUGGCCCAUGUAUAAUUGUAUAUGUAUCGACUUGCUUUUAAAUCUCACUUUUGUUAGAUAUAAAAAUAUAAGAUUCCUUGUUUAUAUGAUGAAGCAACUUUUUUUGUUAGCCAAUGCGAUAGAUUAACAUCUUGUUUAAUUAGAGCUAGCAUGAUCACUUAAUCCAUUACGUAAGGGGCUAUUCUGUAUCUAGACCUUCCAUUUUAUUUCUUUUAAAUGAUUGAACUCUUUUGGACCUGAUCUGAUUAUCUCAUGUUUGAAAGAGGAAGAAUCGCAUUAUUUUGUUCAUAGUAAAUGUACUUUUGAUAUCCAAUUUUAGAAUAAUUAAUUAACUAUCGCAAUUUUGUAUUUACAAAUUGCUUUUUAUAUAUUUAUGUUUUUUAUUUUAAUUUAUAUUUCUUAAUUACUGUUAUACAUCUUUUAAAAAAAAAGAAAUAUCCUUUUCUUAUUAUCGUAUUUUUCUCAAUCGAUGAUGAUUUACAUUAUUUAUAACUGUUUAUUAACUCAACAAGAUAAAUGAUAGUAUACAUCCAGAAGUGGGCUAUUGGCGCUAUUGCAUAUAAUUUAAUCACGACAAUCACGUGAAGAUGAUUCAAAAUGUACAAUCCACUGCUAUUAAAGUAAUACAAGACAAAGAACAAAGGCAAGAGAUAAAAGACACUAAUGACGAAUGCUUUUACCACAAAUAUUUAGUCUUUGUAAAUAUUAUUUAUUUGAUUGAA